AUGGAAGAGCUAUACGUAUAUGCAGGAGAAAAUAUGCCGAGGGUUAAAUUGUGUCUUUUGAAAAGGUACCCCUCGGUGCAAGAAGUUAUUAAAUUCUUAGGCAAGACUCAGGAUAGGUAUUCUGUUCAAUUGAGUAGUAUUGAAACUAUUACUGGAAAUUUGAAGAUAAGAUGUGGGAUGCUUGAGGAUUGUGAGGAAUAUCCUUUUUAUAUUUUGGAGUUUAAUGAGGUGAAUAAGGAUUAUUCUUUGUGGAAGUUGGCGGAUGUUGAUUGGAAAUUUGGGAGUGUCGUUGCGUCGUUGUAUGUUGCUGGGGUGUGCGGUAAAGGGAGUGGGGAGGAGCAGGGGGAUGAUGGGUUUGAAAAGUUGCCUGAGGAGCUUGAUGAGUGUUUGAAGCCGGAGAUUGAUAGAGGGUGUUUGUUGGAAUGCCUACGGAAACUCAAUAGACGGGUUAUGGUGGUGGACUGGGGGGUGUUUGGUAGGGCGUUGGAUGCGAUGUUUACCGAAAAACAGGUGCGGGGGGAUGAUUUGGUAACGCUAAAGGGUAUGGUAUCGUUGGUGGCUCUUCAGACGACGGUGGAGACAAGCAAGCGGCAGCUACAACAAGAUUUGGAGGAUUAUGACUUGCGGGUGAGGUCUCGAUCCAGAUCGCAGGAGUCUACUCGUACAUCUUCACCUGACAGCAUAUUAUUACCAUCCUCUGCCUCGCGGUCGUCCCUUAUUUCUAGCGCGCACUACACCUACGGGAUGCCUGCGACCCAAUUGGAUACUAACUUCAAAGCCUUCUUCAGGUCCAUGGCCGAGAACUUUGAGCUUUUUGAUGAACCCCAGACAGUUCAGCGCGGCAGGGUAUCCAAACGGAAGAAGAAAUGUUCUGCCGGUCGACAACCCAAAGGUUUCCUAGAAGCUUAA